AUGCGCAUUGGCCAGGUGAUUCACGGGAGGUAUCAGGUGGUUGCGAAGCUGGGCUACGGCACGAGUUCAACUGUAUGGUUAUCUCGAGAUCUUGGAAAUGGAAGAUUCUGGGUGUUAAAGGUCCAUAUCAAUACGCUGAAACAUAAUCAAGAGCUGGUUGUCUCUAAACACUUGUCUAGCCUCGAUUUGGACCACGCAGGUCGCCAGCAUGUACGAGAAGUCCGGGAUACAUUCAAGCUUAGUGGUCCCCAUGGAGAUCAUGAGGUUUUCGUCAUGCUACCAUUGGGGAUGAGCCUCAGGACUCUACAAGAAUUACAGCAAGACGAUGUUUUCCAGCAGUCUCUUGUCACGUCCGCCCUCGACCAGACAUUGCUAGGUCUCAAUUAUCUUCAUGAUGCUGACGUGAUUCAUACCGAAAUUCAUUCGGACAACCUUCUUGUUGCAUUGACAGACGACUCGAUCCUCUCGACUGUGGAAGAUAAUGAACUUCACCGCCCCUCAGCCCGAAAGUUCCUCGACGGAACAGUCAUUCACGUCUCACAGUACAUGCUGGGAGGAGCUGGCGCGCUCACAAUCUGUGAUCUCGGACAGGCACGUAUCGGUAAGGUGCAUCGUGGCAAUGCCAUGCCGUUGCCAUACCGUGCUCCUGAGGUCAUUCUCGGCAUGACGUGGGGUAAUUCUGUGGAUGUCUGGAGCGUGGGACUUUUAGCCUGGGACCUUUUGCACAAGAAAGGCAUCUUUCGUGUAUACGAUAAAUCUGGAGAGCUCAACGACGCUCAUCAUUUAGCGGCGAUGACUGCGCUCCUUGGACCACCGCCAGAUGUUUUCCUCAGGAGGAGCGACAAGACGCGUAAGUACUGGGAUGCUGAGGGGAGGUGGCACGGCCCUGUUCCUCUCCCUGAGGGCGCACUGAAAUCUCUGGAAACAAACUUGUCUGGGGAGGAUAGAGAUCAGUUUCUUGACUUUUUGGCUGGCACACUUACCUGGCUCCCGGAGGAUCGGCUCAACAGCGCCGAAGCAUACUUUCAUCCCUGGUUAAGACGAGAAACUGGUGUUGAAUAA